UUUGGCUUUUUAGUGCCGACACUAUUCUAAAUUCAUUUAUUUGUUAUUGUCGCUUCGUUUGGACUUGUUCGUCAAGUUUACCGCGAUGUCUAUUUACGCUAACGUUCAAAAGGGACCCGCCAUCGAGGUUUUUGCCUUGACCCAGGCCUUUAAGGACGACACCAAUCCCAGCAAAGUCAACUUGUCGGUGGGCGCUUACAGGACAGACGCCGGAGUUCCUUGGGUUUUGCCUGUGGUGCGCAAAACUGAAAUCUCCAUCGCCAGCGAUGAGGCUGUGAACCACGAGUAUUUGCCAGUAACUGGACUUGAUACGUUCACAAGUGCAGCUACGGAAUUGGUGCUUGGUGCUGAUUCCCCUGCCAUCAAGGAGAACCGCGCCUUUGGAGUCCAGACCAUUUCGGGCACGGGUGCCCUGCGAGUUGCCGCUGAUUUCCUGCACACACAACUAAACCGCAACGUAGUUUACUAUUCAAAUCCCACAUGGGAGAACCACCACAAAAUCUUUUCCGAUGCCGGCUUCACGACCUUAAAAUCAUACCGCUACUGGGACCAAAACAAACGACAGUUGGACUUCAAGAACAUGGUAGCUGACCUGGACCAAGCUCCGCCUGGUGCUGUUAUCAUUCUGCACGCCUGUGCCCACAACCCCACUGGUAUUGACCCUACACAGGAACAGUGGACUGAGUUGGCCGAUUUGCUGGAGAAGAAAAAGCUAUUUCCACUUUUUGAUUCCGCUUACCAGGGCUUUGCCAGUGGCGAUCCUGAUCGCGAUGCUUGGGCCGUUAGGUAUUUCGUUAAGAGGGGCUUUGAGCUGUUCACUUGCCAGUCAUUUGCCAAGAACUUUGGCCUCUAUUGCGAACGUGCUGGCAACCUGACAGUAGUGCAACAGCAUGCAUCUACCAAGGCGGCUGUUCACUCACAGCUGACGCUACUCAUCCGUGGACAGUACUCGAACCCACCCGCUUACGGUGCCCGCAUCGUGUCGAAGGUGUUGAACACACCAGAGUUGCGUAAGGAGUGGAUGGCGUCCAUCCAGACCAUGUCGAGCCGCAUCCGCGAGAUGCGCAGUGCUCUGCGGGACAAGCUAGUGGCUUUGGGAACGCCUGGCAACUGGGACCACAUCGUCAACCAGAUCGGUAUGUUCUCGUAUACAGGCCUGAACGAGAGCCAGGUGCGCGUCCUGAUCGAUGACUUCCACAUAUAUUUGCUAAAGACGGGCCGCAUAAACAUGUGUGGCUUGAACACAGGCAACAUUGAGUACGUGGCCAAGGCGAUCCACGCCGCGGUUACCGGGGCAGGUUCGAACGCUGCAUGUCCUUGCGACAACAAAUUGUAAACGUAUCAACAGAAUCCGAUCGAUGGAGUGUGCAACGAUUAGCUAUAUAACGAGGGGGCAAACAAAUUUACCUAUCUCAAUGUCAGAUCACAGUUGUCUGCACCAUUAGCAUUUAAAUCAAACCAACAGCAAUUGCAAUUACUAAACGUUUAUACACGGCUUUUACAUGGAUAUAUUAUACACUUGAAAUGGUAAAACAGUAUGGAAUUUGUAUACGACAUUGGAUUUAAUAGUUUACACAAAUUCUGAGCAAUCGAAGAAAAUGGUUAUAAAUUACUUAGCUUGUCAACCAAAUCUUUAUUGACUUGUGUGUAGUACUUAGUUACAACGACAAUAACAUUACUGAAGUAUUUAA